UGUGUGUGUGUGUGUGUGUCAGUCGUAUCUCUCACAAAAAGGUAAUACCUCUCAUCAGCCUCGACAGAAACCAGAAGUCUGUGUCUCGUCCACACCGAAGUCAGGAAGUCUUUCCGUGCAGUGCAGGAGCGUCUCUUUCCCAGGUCCAGGGUCCGUCUCGAUCAGCUCAUCAUGUGUACGGGUAGAUGUGCGAAAUGCACCGCGGACCUUCUCUUCCCGCUCGGUCUCUUAGCCGUGGUCGGAAACAUCCUGCUGUUUUUUCCCAACGGUGAAGUGUGGAGGACCGAGGAGAUCACCGAGAAGAUCUGGUUCUUCCCCGGGGUGAUCGGAGCAGGACUGCUGGCCUUUAUGCCAGCCUCCAUCAUGAGAGCCGCGGGGCUGGAGGGCAGCUGCUGCGCAAACAGAUGCGGGAUGAUGCUGUCGAUGCUGAUGUCAGUGCUGGGAGUGGCUGGAGCUCUGUACUGUAUGAUCAUCUCCGCCGUCGGUCUGCAGGACGGCCCGCUGUGUGACACGGGAGACGGGAUCUUCAUCUACCCCUUCUUCAACAGCACUGCAGAAGAGAGUUACCUGUUCAACCAGACGUCAUGGACGGUGUGUGUGCGGCCGCAGAACGUGGUGAUGUGGAACGUGGUCCUGUUUUCCAUUCUCUUGAUCAUCGGGACUCUGGAGGCUGUGCUUCUGCUGGCUCAGGUCGUCAACGGACUGAUCGGAUGUCUCUGUGGGACCUGCAUGAACAACAACCAGCAUGCACAGAUGGAAUGAGACCCAAGAACACACUCCAGUAUGCGGGACCUGCAGAUGAACUAUAUAGGAGCGCAUCGACAUCCACACACUUCUACAGAAACACACGCGUGAAAUACACUGAGGUUUCUUCACAGUCUAGUUUUUGUGAAUCAUGCCCUGUUUUACGAUAAAUGAAGCCUUUGACAGGUAUUCAAUCUAUAGAAGGUCAAAGCAUCAUCAAAAUUUAAUUGCUGGCUAAUUUGCCUGAAUCCUAUUGAAAUGUCACCUUUUUAAUCAGAACAUCAUGUUGACUUUGUGCUAUAUCAGCUUUUCAUAAAAUAGCUAUGUUUUCUCAUGAGAUCAGGUUACAAUAUUUCAGACACAUGAUGUUUAUAUAACCCUGUAAUAUUCAACUAUCAAAUAUAAUAAACAUAUUUCCAAGUUUUGUAAAGCUGCUUACAUUUAUCCAUUUUGUUGAAGUAUGUAAAGAUGAGCUAAACAUCCACUAGUGUAAAACCUAAUAAAUCAUCUUACGAACCCUU